GCCCUUCUGACGUGGCUAUGCGUUGAUAGCUCCUAUGACGUUCCCCUAUUGGUCAGUCGGAGUCGUAUAUGAUCCUAUUUGGCCAUGGUCGUCAUCGCCAUUCGAAUUCAUUCAUCUCCUAUCCUUAUCACAAAAGCAUUGUUACGCCCGAAGGACAACUCAAAAUCUUUGUGCCCUACCGACUGAAUUAAAAAAGACGCUUUGUGCCGCGGUGCUUGUUGCUAAUCUUGGAUUCUGUUUUCCUGCUUUUCAUGGCAGUACAAAUGCACACGACGAAUCCGACCUCGCGCCGACGUCCUCUUAGAGGCCCAUAUUGUAAUAGAGUAGAAGGAUAAAACAUCUAAUCAUGGCGCAAGUUCAAAGGAGCAACUAUCUCCCCUAUAUUCAACAACACCUUGAUACCCAAGACGACCUAGAUGGGAUAAUUUUGGAAACAGUGUGCGGGAUAUGCCAGGAAAACAAGCUGGAUAUAUCGAUGAGUGCUAGGGAAUUCACAACAUCGACCGCGCCCCCUACUGAACACUUCGGAGCGCAUCCGCAUUUUCUCAACUAUGCCCGGCACGGCAUCGAGAGGACCGUCGCCCUCGCAUGCGGCCACGUCUUCGGCGACCGCUGCAUUAGCGAUCUGAUAGCGCACGGGACCGACCUUACCUGUCCGUCCUGCGGAUUCCGGAUGUCGUAUCGAGGCUGCGGGCACGCGAUACGACCCGCUCUACUUCCCGUCGACGGCGACGAACCUAUCCGAGACAGGUUUCCGGUGACGAUUGCCGAGGGCGGGAUCGACCCGCACAACUGCACCGAAUGCAGGUGGAAACUCGUCAAAUCGAAUCUUCGAUACAUACUCGCUGACGAAUGCGUUAUCUGUCGGCAAAGGACACUUGCCCACGUGCCCUUGGACGCGACGACGCACCGUACUCAUCGAGAGCAACACAUAAAUAUCGGACUGAGGCACGCGCUCGACGAUUUGGUAGCCCUCAUCUGGCCCGAGUUCGUGACGCGCGAGACCGAAACGUCGGCGAUGAAGGCCGCGACCGAUAACGAGCGUCGACAAAUCCACGGUUCGCUGCUCUACGCGAUGGUCCUGUCGGAAAUAGAAGAUACGCUGUGGUAUCGCACAAAAGCUGGGAAAGGGACGACUCUCACCAAGGAACAGUCGAGGAAACACGCGCGCGGGGUGGCGUCUGUCGAACAAAGCCUGCUUAGUUGGCUGAUGAACUCGAGUCGAGAGCUGAGACGGAUGUGGUAAGGCGGUGGUUAUUAUUAUAUCGUGCUGAGGGUAUGGAUCAAUGCGAUAUAUAGGCAUACUACCUUCAUGUGCAACUAGCGAUCAAUUAAGCACGACAUGUAUGAUGAUAUGAUGUUAUGUUAUAAUUAGAUGGAAUUGUCC